AAUUUUCAUUUAUUUUCUUAACCAAAAACGCGUUUUUAUUUACAUUUUUUCGAGUCUAAUUAGUGGCGUCAUGUCAAAUUCCUGGGUAGUACCGCCAGCUGGUGUGGCGCCACAGAUUCCAGCGUGGAAGUUAAAGGGCUGGUCGGAGCAACAGGAGCACGCGAUGUGGCGAAGCUGGGCACAGAACUUCGCCAGAUCUGGGCACAAUGAGGCUGCCAAUUAUUACUUUGAUAAAUGCAUCGACGGGGCGAAUAUCAAUGACUUUAUGGCCCGUUCUCUGCGCAGUAAUUUCUAUCGAAGUAUUGCCAAGGUGGAUCAGGCUCUUGAGGAUAGCAAGCGGGCAGCUUCGAUAGCGCCGGCCAAUGCGUACGUCAAUCUUCAGGUGGCCGAUGCGCUCUACGAUCUGAAUAGGUUCGAGGAGAACAAAGUGUCAUUGUACAUCAACACGACCUUGUACACGGGCACCAAGCUGCAGCCGUACAAUCGUCGUCUGCAGAUCGUGAAUGCCAACUUUCACAACAAUGUCGGCGAUAGCUUGCGUCCAUUUUUUCUGAAUAACAUGUCGAAAAUGCGGGAAAUCUUUGAUGCGACAAUGAAGGUGGAUAGCCAAAUGGAACCCGCCCCACGCUGGAAGGUGCUUAAGGACCUCAAUAAGUGCGAAGUUCGCAGCAUCCAGGAGAAGAAUGUGGUCCGGAUAUCGCCAUUGGAGAUGGCUAGACGCAAGCGCAAGACGAAGAUCUAUCAUCAAAACUACUUGAACGGCUCAUGGAUCGAUGUGGCCUUUCUCAAAGCACUGCGCAAAAGUCCCAUUGUGCUAUUGGAUAAACAUUACAAGUCCGCCAAGGAGCGCAGACAAUACUUGGAUAAUUCCUAUGCAACUGUCAAAAUGUUUAGCAAAAUGCUUCACAGUCGCAGUCCCAUGUUCAGUGAGCAAUACCAGCUACCUAAGACUAUGGAAAGCCUCCAUCAAUCCAAUAUGUAUCGCAUACAGUAUCAGACACGCAGGAAUAUGCUAUCGAUACUGCGCACUAUUCGCGCCAUACGUGAGCAGAAAGACGUACAGCGUCUGCGUAAGUUUGUGUCAAAAGUCAUGUUCGAGUUCGUUGUGCUGAAGACGAAGAGGGUAAUGCCCUGGAAGAUAGAGUUUAUGAACGAGGUGUACAACCACUUGGCAUUGAGUUUGUGCGAAGCGUAUAAAGUGCCGAACUAUAAGGUGUCCCCGUAUGAUUAUGACUCCAUGUGCCGUCUGCUCGGCGUCAAUCCGUUCAAGCCCACCGAGGUGCACGAAGUGGUGUUUGGCAAGCGAUCGUCGUAUGUUUAUGAAGACCACGGAUCUGUAUUCGACCAGGGCAAGGAGCUCAGGCUGGCCAAAGCAUUGCUGGAUAAGCGCUUGUAUUUCUCCACGCUGCCAAUCGAGCGUAGCUAUUUGCUGUUCGAGAUCGCGGACUGUUUGCUGUCGCAGAAUCAUCUGGUGCAAUGCCUGCUGUAUGCCAAGCGUUCCAUUGAGGAGGCCAGGCGAGCCAAUAGCAUAAUCUGGGAAUUUCUAGCCACCAUGGUGCAGGCGAAGGCGCACGCCAUCCUCUGCAAGUUCGAGCGUCAGGCGGAAGUGCUCAAUUCGGCCUACCAUCUGGCCAAGGGUCUCAAAUCGGCCAAACUCUGCACCUUCAUCGAGCUGUGUCGCAUGCUCAACAAGGAUUACAUGAUGCUACGGAAAAUGGCAACACCCGCGGCUACUAAGCGAACGCGCUACCGUCUCUCGAAUCGCUCCAGCUACGUACAGUCGUAGUCAAACGCCAAGCACGGGCCAAUCGCGCCAGUGGAGCGAGUGCCGUACAAUGACCACAAUGCGGGACUUCCCUGCAUUCCAUUGUACAGCACCCGCUCCACUCUCUCGACUGCAGCUCUAGCACGGCGUAACUAUUGCACUUCUUUUAUUUAACCAAAAUCAACAAAAAAAACUUCAAAUUUUAUGCUAAACAAUACAAAUUGAUAUUACAAAAUUGUG